GUUUCGUUGAAACAACCUAACAAGCAUAAUGAAUCGUAGCACAUCAUCUUCCAUGUAGCUGACCAGAACAUGUUUGAAUGGUACAACAGAAUUUUCGGGGAACCGCUAUAGCUACGUGUAAGAUAAGAUAGCCUUCGAGCUAGGAAAGUUAGAGUAAGAGCGUCGACAGUUCUUGUUAAUCGGGUGUGUCAAAGCUUUAGAUAACACAAAGACAUAAACUGGUUGUUUGAAUGGAUAUAUUGAAUUUUAUCGUAAAAGAAAGGUCUGUUUCGACAAUGUGGUUAAAACAAUAGCAAAAUCAGAGGAGACCAGCAACUACAGUCGUAGAGAUGUGAUUUCGCAAUGAGGAUGAUAUUAACGCCGGCUGUAAUCAGAGAUUAGCAUGUGUAUGAUUGUUACUUGUAUUCGAAGAAACCAAUAACUACCUCAUAUUCAUAAAACAUUGCUACGAGAGGCUAGGAAGAUGAUGUACUCGUCACGACGAAAACCAGUUCUCUAUUUUAAAGAGGAUAGAAGAAGCGACUCUGAAAAGCUGCAUCGUCAUGGAGACCAGUUUCUUACAGGGAAAUGCACAGUCUACAAGCUUUUCGGCCUCUGCGUGGCGCUUGUCCUCGGAUCUCUUCUCUGGUUACAGCUGAGCUGUUCUGGGGACAUGAACCAGGUUGCCGUGGACACCCGCCUCCCUCGCCAGCCCUGUCCACAGGAGAGACAGUUUUCGGCCGUGGACGACCCUUCAUGGGGCCCGCACAAAAUGGCUGUGAUUGUGCCCUUUAGAGAACGCUUCGAAGAGCUUCUCGUUUUUGUACCUUACAUGCACACGUUCCUCAACAAGAAGAAAAUACGACACAGGAUACUAGUUGUUAAUCAAGUGGAUCAUUAUCGGUUCAACAGAGCAUCACUAAUUAACGUAGGGUUCCUGGAGAGCGGGAACGACACAGACUACAUUGCUAUGCAUGAUGUGGAUUUGUUACCUCUGAAUGAAGCUCUAGACUACGGAUUCCCAGAGGAAGGCCCUUUCCACGUGGCCUCUCCAGAACUUCAUCCGCUCUAUCACUAUAAGACAUACGUUGGAGGAAUCCUGCUUCUCACUAAGGAGCAUUAUAAAAUGUGCAACGGGAUGUCCAAUCGGUUCUGGGGCUGGGGCAGAGAGGACGAUGAGUUCUUUAGGAGGCUGAGGACAGCUGGACUGCAGCUUUUCAGACCACAGGGGAUAGAGACUGGAUACAAAACCUUCAGACACAUCCAUGACCCUGCCUGGAGGAAGAGAGACCAGAAGAGGAUAGCUGCACAGAAACAGGAACAGUUCAAGGUGGACCCCGAAGGUGGCCUCACCAACUUACGGUACAAGAUUGAGUCCAGACAGGAGCUGACUAUCAGUGGUGCCCCUUUGACGGUCAUCAACACUGCUCUGGAGUGUGACCUAAAUGUCACGCCUUGGUGCCAGUUAAGCUAGCAUGCCUCAGACACGUAGACGGUGCCAAGGCAGCGUGUGCUCUCCUGAUGCUGAGCCAGGAAAGCCUCUCCUAUUGGCUGGCACAGGCUCCUGGGGCGGGUCCUUCAGUCCCUCUAACCAAAAAGACUGUGAUUGAAGGAAGGGGUCAUGAUGGAGCUUGUCUGCCUGCCUCGUUAAAGACACAUUACAGUUUGACAGUGUUGUCUCUUGAUAUUCAUUCAGUGAACUGCUGUAGAGAGCUGUCAUUUCCCAUAGACUGUCUAUACAGUUUCAGGCAGUGCACUGAAAUUGCAUCCCAGAUGUAGCUGAUUACCUGCAUCCUUUUAGGUUGAGAUUUGCAUUUUUUUUUCUUUUAAAUGUUGAAUUUAAAUAUUAUGUCUUAGCAGUGGCCUUUGUUUUUUUUGGUUUUUCUUUUUGGUUGUAUUUCUUUUUGCAGGAGUGUGGGUGGGGGUGUAUUGUAUUUCUCAUGGUGCAAUUUUAAGUACCUGAAAAACUUGUCUUAA